CAUGCGGUGGACUCUCAUACACAAGUCACAGACAUACUCUGUACUCGAACUCUCUUUUACACAGUCACAUACAAAAUAAAGAGUUCUGUGGAUGGUAAUAAUGUAAUUUGGAGAGAAAAUCUGGACAUCUGGACCUGAAGAACAGUUAGAUGGGACAGUGAGAGAUGGUUUUGAGGUUGAUCUUCAGUGAACAGCCACUGUGGAAGAUUCUAAUAUUCUGCCAGCUAUAUUCUGCGGUCAGCCGGCAUUCUGUAAUUGCAAGCAAUUGUGACGAUGGGCAUGACGUGUUUGCCAAAGUAAAAGAGAACAGCCUGAUGGGAACUUUUAUUGCCAACCUCAGUUUCACUGCACAGCCAUCAUCCAAUCAUAUGCACUUAAAACUUUCUGGAAAAGAUGCUGAUUGGUUUUAUCUGGAGGGAAGAACCAUUAGACUGAACUCAACAUCAACUAGGAUUAUUGAUAGAGAGAUACACGGCUCAGUUUUAACAGCAACUGUAAGGUGUUACGAACAUAAAGCCCUACAGGCUGAACACAGGAUCUUGGUAGAGGUUCUGAAUGAGAAUGACAACAAACCCGAGUUCCUGCAAAGAUCAGUUCAACUUCUGCAGCUCAGCGAGUUGACAGCGGUGAACUCUAUAGUGUUUGCAGUCCAGGCCACAGAUGCUGAUGGAGACACACUCACAUACGUCAUCGAUGAAACAUCACCUGAUGCCAGGUAUUUUCGAGUGGACUUACCCAACAGUGGCAAAGUGGUUCUCAACAAGUCAUUGGACUAUGAGAUCAAAACUCAGCUCCGACUGACUCUUUAUGCAGUGGAGACGAACACAAAUGAGCAUUACAACACAACGACAACAAUAAUCAUCAAUGUGAUAGAUGGGGACGACCAGUACCCACAAUUCCAGCCUUGCACUCUUCUCUCAGCCAAUCACAGCAACCGCAUAUGCGCCAAUCCUCUGUACACCGCCAACAUCACAGAGAACGAGCAGGCAGCUCAGACGGAUGACCCUCUGAAAUAUGCAGUAGCCACAGUUCUGGUGAGGGUCCUAGCAGAAAACAGGUUUCCGCCACAGUUUAGUCGUUCAACAUACCGUGGUUUUGUCAGUGAGAGCGCAAAUCCUGCCUCACUCGUCAUGACAUAUGGCAACAAAUUACUUAUCCUGGAGGCCACGGAUCAAGAUUUCACUGACGGCUUCAAUCCCAGACUGCAGUAUUCUCUAAACUCCCAACACAACAGCUCUCAGCUCUUUUACAUUACACAAGAAGGACUGCUCAUCGCUAAAACCAGCGUGCUACACCCCGGUCACAAAUAUUUCCUAGAGGUUCUAGCCACUGACCUGGAAUCAGGAGACACUGUUAAAGCUGCACUGCAUGUGGAAGUUCUUCAGAAAGGUCAACCAGUUCCACAGGGUCCUUUGGGGGCGGGGCAUGUGUAUAGCGGUGAGACAGUGGGCAGGGCAGAGGGCGUGGCAGGGGUGUGUCUGAUCCUGCUGGCCUUUACCUUAUUCACACUGGUGCGGUGCAUACGGAUGAUCAGAGAGAAGCGGGAUCAUGUCAUCCGGACCAGUGUGGCUGACAACAGACACCCUAAUGUGUGUCUGAGAUGGUUCCGAAUGAUGAACCAGAGCCAACCGAUGACUUUAGUGGAGGAAACGUUCUCAUAUCACAACGAGGUGUUCAGUGAGUACGACCACUCCGCCUCACCUUUCUAUGGCAAACAGGGCAUCUACACCAAAAUAGAGGAACCACCUCCAUCAUCAUCUGUGAACUUACCAUCAAUUACCUUCAACAAAUCAUUACGGGAACCAAGACGCAAUUAUCUGGCACUGCGGCCCAACGGGAGGCCCGUGAACAGGUUUAACAAUAAAACGGUGUCAUUUCACGACUACGUUGUGGUCCGGGAAUGGGAUGAGGAGAGUGAAGAAAAUACAGAGACUACGUUCACAACAGAGGUGGAGAUUUGUACCGAUUUAGAAGAAACGGACAUGGAUUGCGAAUUAGAAAAUGAUGAUUCAGAUCUCCCAGAAGAAGAAUUUAAAAUCCAAUCACAAAGAAUCACUUCAUACUGUGACGACAUAUACAACGAGUCAGAAAUGCUCAAUACGCACCUAAAAAGAGACAACCGAGACUACGAAACACAUAAUACAGACCACACACAAGUAAAAAUUGACUUAGAAGACAGAAUCCAUGCAAAACCACUGGAAAUCAGGAACCAAAAAAUAGCUGGAAAGCACAGAUUCAAGUCUGAUCUACAAAGAAUACAAAGACACUCAACUGAAAGUCAAGAAAGAGAUCAAACAGUAACACAAAACUCAGCAUUAGAAGACACUUCACAAGCAGAGUUCUCCAUUUUUCAAAGAGAGACAUAUAUCAUUAACCCUAAAGUCUUGGUUUCAGAGGCCGACAAACCUGUCGUCAAUUAUUCAGAAAGCUUUAAAACAGAUGGGACCAGAAAAUCGGAUGAUCUUAAUUUAGAUCCUCAGGUUUCAGUAGCUGAAAGUUCUGUACAAAACAUUCAUGAUGUAAGUAACUUACAAACACAUCUAAGCACAUUAACACUAGAUCCAGGUCAAUACAAUGGAUCGGAAGAACGUCUGGAAGUUGAGACGGACAACACCCCAAGCUCAAACAUAUAUUAUGUUAACGAGGACAUUGUAACUAAUUUAGAUGACAGUAGCCCAGAAGAGGAGUCUGUAUCUAAUCUAGAUACAAGCAGUCAACAUCUGAACUAUCUUCAUGAUCUUCACGACACACAGAUAGAAUGUUUCUACGACACAGACACAGAUGAAACUAAUGACGGGAGAUGAUAAUGGGAGACUGACGAAAACUAAGAGUGAUACUGAAUCAACUCGAUGUUUGAAUUGAGCUCGAGCACCAAAUGAGCCUUUGUAAAACGGGAAAAGAACAGAUUUGGCAUCUGCGAGGCAAUGAACUGAUGGGUGAGUAAUACAAGCAUCAAGCUAACGUCUAACCCAAAGUUUAAAAUUUUGCCCUGCACCGAUGGUUUUCAGACAUCCUGUGCCCUUUCUACAUUAUAUAAUGUACAUCAUUGCACACGGACAUGCUUUCUUUGUAUUGAAAUUGCACUUUGCAUUGCAAACUCAAAUAAAAUCUACC